AUGUCCGACUCCCAAGUGACUCUGCGCACGCGCAAGUUCAUCCGAAACCCGCUCCUCGGCCGCCGCCAGAUGGUUGUCGACGUCCUCCACCCCAACCGCGCCAACGUCUCCAAGGACGAGCUCCGCACCAAGCUCGCCGAGCUGUACAAGGCCAAGAAGGACGAGAUCUCCGUCUUCGGCUUCCGGACGCAGUAUGGUGGCGGCAAGAGCACCGGCUUCGCCCUCAUCUACGAGAGCAACGAGGCGAUGAAGAAGUUCGAGCCCCACUACAGACUAGUGCGCGUCGGCAUGGCGAACAAGAUCGAGAAGGCUAGCAGGCAGCAACGCAAGCAGCGCAAGAACAGGGGCAAGACAAUGCGGGGCACGGCCAAGACAAAGGGAGCGUCGAAG